UCAUUGGUGAUUUCAGUUGAUUUACAAUGGCGGUAUCAGAUGUUGUCACUUGUCAGUGACAUUCAGCGUUUAUCUUAAGUGGAACGGUUUCAUAAAUGUAAAAUUGAAAAUGUAAUAUCAAUUGUCAUGUGAUUAGAAUUACUAAUACAAAAUGGUACCGACCGGUAUUCUGUGUAUUCCAAUUGUUACUGCUUUCUUCUACUGGAAUAAUCUGUUAUGGUGCUACGUUUUCGGUGUGUUAACCGUAUCUUGUUUCCUGUUGGGAUGUUUAAUUGUUAUGUUCAUAAAUAUUGCUCUGUCUCCGAAACAUCAAACUGGUGCAGGCACUUUAAAAACAGUUGCGGAGAUGGAUGCUUUUCAUAAUUUAUUAAUGGAAGGAUAUGUGGUUCAAACUUCAAGUACCAAAAAACAUACACGUUACCCAAUGGUUUUUACUCGAAUGGUAGAUGGAGCACUGCAAAAUUUGUUAGAUUUAGUAUUUCAAGACUUUGUUGGAGUCUGGCUUGAUGAAUUGGCUUUUAAGUCUGAACAAAUAGUAAACAAUAUGAAACAAGAUAUAUGGGGUGCAAUUCAAAGCCUUCAUGAUCGCUUAUCAAAAGUAGAUCAUACGAAACUAGUCGUUUAUAAUAUUGUAAAUAAAAUUACUUUUCAUUUCGAAAAAAUUAGGAUUGCUCAAGCUGCUUCGUCAGAAGGCGAAGAUCCUGUAUUUAUUUUAUCAGCACAUUUAAUGUCACCUACAUCUGAGUUAGAUUACUUAAGAAAAGUCAGUGAAUUAUACAUUUUAUUUUUAUUACCACGUUGUUAUUCUCUUGCACCAAUGAAAUAUUUACUGAGAGAAAUUCUUGCAUGUAAAAUAUUAAAACCAGCAAUAGAUUUAAUAACAGAUCCAGACUAUAUCAAUCAAAAAAUUUUAUCAUAUAUCGAUCAGCAACAACUUGCAGAAGCUAUGCAUAGGAAAACUUAUGAAUAUGCAGAAUCGUUUGAAGACUUUAUUCGGAUGAUAAAAAGUUCCAAGGAUUUAGAAGUUCUUAAGCAUAUUAGAUACAAUAUUGUUACCGAAAUUAUGCAAGCUACAACAAUACAAAAUAUUAAAAGAGCACAAGGUUUAGAUCCAGACAAUAAUGCAUUUGGAAAAUCUGAUGUUAUUCAAGCUCGAAAAUUGAAGAGGUACAUCAGUCAAUUGACAUAUGCUAAAGAUACAUGUGAAUGUCACAUGCAAACAUUAGGAUGGAAUGGAUAUCCUGUUCAGGCUACCGAUGUACCUGACUCUGCAGUAAUUGCAGAAGAACGGAUAUUGCCAUUGCAAUAUAUUUUGGAUAAUGUAAUAGGUCGAAAAUACCUUUCACAGUUUCUUGAACAAGUUGCUAGUCAAGAUUUGAUCGGGUAUUGGGCAGCUGUACAAGAACUACGCAAUGCAGAUAAAUUCAAUUGGCAUCAAUUAGGUGCUGAAAUCUUUUAUACAUAUAUUACGUCUCCUACCGCUGAAAUAAAAGUGGAUAGAGCUAUUCGGAAAAAAAUGGAAAGCUUUUUACUGGGUGAUAUAGGGCCAAAUGUAUUUUAUGAGGUUCAAGAUAGUGUUGUUAAAACUUUGGAAGACAAAUAUUAUCCAUCAUUUGUGGUUAGCGAACAGUAUAAAAAUAUGCAAGAAGCAUUACUUAAUGAAAGAACAGAAGACUUAAUAGAAGAUCGUCGUAUGACAAAUGGAACAUUAUCAGAAAAUGUGUCUCUACUUGUUGGAGAACAUUCAAACUAUGCUCGCUGUAAGUUGGAUCAGCUGCAAGAAAAAUUAAACAACAAAAUGCAGGCUUUACAAGCAUUAAAAUCCUCGUUAAAACCAGAAAGCAAAGUUUUGAAUUUAUUAACUAAAGAGGUUGAAUGGUUACAAAGUGAGAAAAGACAAUUAGAAGCACAUUUAACCCACACAGAAAUGUGGGCAGAGCAUUUAGGUCACUGGAGAGCAGAAGUACAAAGUGCUGAGAUACCAGACAAUGGAGAAUCUCCACAAUAUGUGUUGGUUGUCCACAUGAUGCAAGAUGAAGGUAACAAUGAUAGUAUAUGUAGUGGUUGGGUAGUAUUGAGAAAAUUACAGGAAUUUCAAGACCUACACAGAAAACUUCGUCAACUUUGUCCUAACGUAAAAAAUUUAGAUUUACCAUCGCAACCUUUGAAGUUCUUCGGAAAGUCCGAUAAAAAUAGUUUGGACAAGGAUAGAAUGCAAAUACAGAAAUAUCUAAAUUUUGUUUUAGAGGAUGAAAAACUGAAUCAAAGCGAGGCUUUAUAUACAUUUCUUAGUCCGAGUUCCGAGCAUUUAAAAUAUGCACCUCCAUCUCCUAAAAAAUCGCGAUUCUCUUUAUCAACGUUGUUCAAAACGUAUGUAGGUAUUUUAUUUAUCACUGCAUUCUUUACAAAUUUAAUUUAUAACAUUUAUUUUAGAUCUACUAAUAGCAGUGAACUUCGUGAUAAAGAAGAUGAAGAAGAUUAUUCGUUAUUAUUAGACGAUACUGAUAGUAGUCGAUCAGUUAUAGAUGGAUACUUGAGCGUUAACAAAGAUGCAAUAGCAGAACCUCUCUAUACGCUUUUGGGUGAAAUUUUUGAUUUACGAGGUGUAUUUCGUUGGCUUCGACGUUCGUUAAUUACUUUUGUCCAAAUUACUUAUGGCCGAACUAUCAAUAGACAAAUUAGGGACACUAUUGCGUGGGUAUUCUCAGAACCGAUGCUUCAUUAUUAUAUACAAUUGUUUAUGAAGUCUUGGUGGCCAAAUGGCCAUCUAGUUUCUGAGACAACUUUUCGUACAGAUGAAGAAAAAUUAAGAACUCGAGGUGAAGCUCGGAGACAAUUCUUAAAUAAUGUACCUGAAGUUUUAACAAAUUUAGUAGGCGCGCAAAGUGCUCAACGUGGUGCAAUCAAAGUGUUUGAUUCUUUGCAGAAUACGAACUUAAACAAACAGUUAUUUUAUGAUAUCUUUGAAGUUGUGAUGUAUGAGGUAUUUCCAGAAUUAACACGAAGAAAACAUUCAGUAUAAUAAACUUCAUUCAUGUGUAUUUUUUUACAUUAUUUCAGUAAUCAGUAUACGUAUUUUGUAUUAAUCUACAAAAAGUCAUAUUUAAAUUAAAUAAAUUUUAUCUGUGUAAUAUAAUAAAAUCAUAUCGGAUCAAUGUAUCCUACGAAAAAUGAUUAUUGAUUGACCUUUCUCGGGAGUAUCUCAUUAAAAUAAUUGUUUCACAUGUAUAUUCAAUCAAUCAACUUAGUUCUUUAGAUAACAAAUUCUGUAUUUUAUUUACAGAAUCUAUUGCGAUAAACUAAUAUUUAUAGCAUAUAGAAUAUUAUAUUCCAUUAUAGAAUUUAUAAAGUCAUUUUCCUUAAUAUCAUGUUAGAUUUAACUGUUCAAACAUAUUAUAAUAGAAUUACAUGUUACCCUCAUAAAUUUGUGUAGUUUAGAUUGGUUUAAAUUAGUUAGUCUAACAAGUUCUUGAUAGAGGUCGCAGUAUGCGCAGCAGUGACGCCGUGAUGUCGGGUAAAAAGGGGUAUCUUAAUUACCCCUGCAUAAUUUUACAAAUAUAUUCAUGAUUUAAGGAUAAAUGUAGGAAAGUAUAUAAAUAAUAAGGACAAAUAUAUUUAUGAUUUUACGCUCAUAGCAUACCACAACAAUAGCACCCCUCCUGUUACCCUGGAUACGAUACUGCUAACUGUCAUUCUGACUGCGCAUGCUCGAAAAAACCAGGCCGGCUAGCAUCUCUGAUGCGCAGUUUUUGUUGCUUUUUCUUAAUUCAAAAACCCCACAAUACUGCACAGCACUUUAUCUGUAAAAGAAUGCAUAAUAUGUUAAUAAAUGAAGGGAAAACAAUGGCUGAGUAUUUGGUCGAAAGCGUGGAAGAAUUGUGCGGUGACUUUAAUAAUAAAGUGGAUCAAAUUAAUUUGUUAAUUAAGCAAGUAAUAAUUUUAUAAGAAAUAGAUGUUCAACUUAGUACCAUUUGUAUAUAUGGAAAUUCUUCAGUGUAUAUAUGUGUAUAUAUAAUUAUUAAUUCUUCAUACAAUAUUUUAUAUUAAAUAAAACAGAUGAACUAUAUAUAAUUUAUAUAAGUAAAUUUGCCUCACUAUGGUUUUUCAAGCUUAUGGAAGUAAGGGAAGCAAUUAAUAAGCAUAAAAGAGAUGGAUAUUAUUUGGAAUCACAUUUUUCUGCCUUAUCAAUGAAUGUAUGGGCAGGACAAGUCAAAUAUUGCGAAUUACAGAAAAAAGAAGUUCACAUUAGAAAAGUAUUAUCUGACACAACAAAAGGCGUUGACUUUAAAUAUCAAGAAUUAAGAAACUUGAAACUAAAGAGGACAAACAUUUCCUUCGAACAAUGGUUUUUUUAAUUCUUAGUUAAUAUUUUAAAUUACACUAUUAUUGUGGAUAAGAAUUUUUCCAUAGUAUUAAAGAGUAUCAAAAUGGAAAUUUGCAUACCAAUUAUUGCAAAUCUUUUUAACUGUAGAAUUUUAUAAUCUUUUUAGCAGUAAUUUUCAUAACAAAUAUAGAGGUUACGCAGAUAACUUUAUGAAUGCACAAGUACAAUACUCAAUUCAAAAUUUAUCAGAGGACUUGAAGCAUUAUCAGCAGGAAUACAAAAAAUUACAACAUGAACUGCUAUUGCAGUCAAAAGAAUUGGAAAAUCUAGAACCACAAGAUGAUCCAAUUUGUAUAAACACUGUUGAGGAUGUAAAAGAAAUAUUAAUAAUUAAUACUCUAAAGCGUGAUACAAUGGCAAGUAAUUAUUAUAAUAAAGGGCAAAAAAUUAAAUUUGCAGAAUAUACCCUGGAGAUAAUAGAAAACAAAAUAAAACAGCAGAAAGCACUGCUUAACAAUUGUUAUAAAUAAUUUGUACCUGUGGUAAGAAAUUUAUUAAUGUUAAGAAAAUACUUAUUAUUAUAAUGUAAUUAUUAUGUGUUAAAUA